AUGGCUGGGUUUCAGCUGCAAUUCAUAGGUAAAUACUUGAAGAAACUGGUUCAAGAGCUUGACAAGAAAGUCGCAAUAUGUGACGAAUAUCCUGUCUAUGUGCAAGGAAAACUACAGACUCCCAUUCCAAGACGAGUCUCACGAGUCGUAACUGCUGGAACCUUGGUCAACGAGGAUUUUCUGGAUCAAGAAAAGAACAAUUUUCUGCUCUCCAUACACUGCAACGCUGAACAGUCCGGCCAUAGCGAUCAAGCGGUCGCAGAAGAAUCAAAGACACUUGGUCUCGCCUGGAUCGAUGUUUCUACAGGUGACUUCUUUGUUCAGACUACUGAAAGGGCUACUAUGUCUUCAGCCCUCAUGCGAAUAGGUGCUGCAGAAGUUGUGCUUUCGAAGAAUGUCUCUGCUCACGUUCGAGAAGAAGUUGCCUUGUCUCUGGGCCUGCCGCUUGAACGACUUGUUAUGAGGUCGGCUGAAGAAGACGGCGAUGCCACACGGUGGACUCAGCGACUCGAUCGUCCGCUGCAAGAGACUGAGCGCUCUCAACUCGCAUCACAAGAAAUUGCAGCCUGUCAACAACUGUUCGAUUAUGUUGACAACCACUUACUAGAUCUGAAGCUGAAGCCACGGCCUCCGCAGAGAAAAGAAGAAGUCGAUACUAUGUCCAUCGAUCGCAGCAGUAUUAGAGGCUUGGAACUACUCAAGACUGCUCGCGACGGUCUAGGCAAAGGUAGUCUGCUGAACACUAUCCAGCGAACUGUGACCAAAGGCGGUUCGCGACUGCUUAAGGAGCGUCUACUCUACCCCUCUGUUAAUCCUGGAGAGAUCAAGUAUCACCUCGACUUGGUAGACGCGUUCAUGGCAGCGUCGGAUUUGCAUCAAUCGAUCAUUGCACACUUACGACAAAUCUACGACAUCGUUCGUAUAGCACAAAAAUUGGUGAUGAAUCGUGGUGAUGCAGAAGACCUGUUGUGUCUAGCAAGGACUAUACAAAGAAUGAGUGACAUGGUGCAACUAUUAAAUUCCCACAUGAACGACACUACAUCAACGGGCAUAGCACUAAGAAAACUCACCUCCUGUUUCGUGGCCGACAAACCUCAGCAAAUGAGUAUACAGAUCAGAAGCUCAAUCGAUGAGCAAGGUAUAACCGAUUACUUGACUCAAGGUCAAGAAAUGAUCCAGGAAGAGCUUGACGAAGCAACCGGCUUCACUUCAGAAACAGUUCUCCAAACAGACAGCCCUGUCAGCUUGGGAAAGGCUUCAUCGUCGCCCAAAGUCAACAACGAUUUCCCUCUCGUAAUGCAAAGGAAUGCCUCAACUGACCUAGGACAUCUCCACGACAAGCUCGAUGCACUAAACAUGGACAAGCACGAAUUACAACAACGACUAAGAGAACAGCUUAUGUCACCAAGGCUCGUGCUCAAGUUCGACACAAAGUAUGGCCACGUAUGUUCGACGCCUCGGGCGAAGGGCCUCACAGAGGAAAUGCUGACGGAGAUUGGUGCAAGCCUUAUUGGCAACUUGAAGACAAUCAAGACUUUCUAUCUGGCAGAUUGGACCAACCUUGGACGACAAAUUGACAGCGUCAAAUUUGAUAUCCGUCAAGAGGAGCAGCGAAUAUUCGAGACACUACGUCAGCUAGUGGUCGACAACCUUGUGCCUCUCCGACAGAACGCGGCUGUGAUGCAUGAGCUCGACCUCACGACAUCAUUUGCUACUCUGGCCAGCGAGGAGAAUUGGGUGCGACCUGUCAUUGCCUCCAAGCCGAUACACGACAUCAUCGGAGGACGUCACCCUACGGUUAAACUCGGAUUGCAAGCACAGGGUCAGUCUUUCGUAAGCAACGACUUGCACCUGGAUCUCAAGUCACGAGCAUGGCUGAUUACUGGACCAAACAUGGCAGGCAAAAGUACAUUUCUUCGACAGAAUGCCCUGAUAACCAUUCUUGCACAAAUGGGAAGCUAUGUACCUGCUGAAUAUGCAGAAAUUGGUAUUGUAGACAAGGUCUUUAGCCGGAUCGGCGCGGCUGAUGACCUUUUUCGCAAUGAGUCGACAUUCAUGGUUGAAAUGCUGGAGACAGCACAUAUCCUUAGAGACGCCACGGACAAGUCGUUCGUGAUCAUGGAUGAGAUCGGUCGAGGCACAGCACCAGAGGAUGGCGCGGCUAUUGCUUAUGCCAGCCUUCACCACCUGUACAACAUCAACAAAUGUCGGACCCUCUUUGCUACACACUUCCACGAUAUGGCAGAUAAGACACAGGACUGGUCGUACCUGGCUCAGCACUGUACGGAUUUGUACGAAGACGAUUCUGGAUCCUUCACAUUCAACCACAGGCUCCGGCCAGGAGUGAAUAGAAAGUCUCAUGCUUUGAGAGUGGCGAAAAUGGCUGGACUGCCACAGUCGGCGAUUGACAUGGCUCAGAAUGCACUAGAUCAGAAACCGAAUUAUCAAGACUGGAAUGGUUGA